AGAGUUGAUUCAAAUAUUUUUAGCUACUUUAUCUUAUUGAUGAGUUUUAAAAAUUUUAUAAAUUAUAACUUUUUCGUUAAGUUUGUUAUUAAUAAAAGAUAGAUACCAACAAUUUCUGUAAUAAAAUCAGAUCCAUAAACAAAUUAACAUUAGAAAAAGUUCUCUAUUUAUUAUAAAAUUUUGUUGGUAUCUUUAAUUACAUUAGAAUCUGCAGAAUAAACUAAUAAUUAAAACAAUUUUAUCUUCUGUCAAAAUAAUUAAAAUAUUUUGGUUGGAUGAUUUUCAAUACAUACUUGUUUGAAAACUUACUUUCGAAAUCACCAAUACAACUCAAUCCAAUUUAAGAAGUUCAUCAUUUUUUGCAAGUGCAGAAAAUGAUCAUUAAAUCUUGAUAGUGAUUUUUACAAUAUAAUAUUCAUAGUACAUAGUAUAAGGCAUUAUACUUUGUCUAAAAAGAAUUGUUAAUCUGUUUUGGCAUUGAUGCUGAAAAAGCUUUUUGGCUAUUCAAUUUUUUCAGGAAAAAUGUAUAUACGUAAGUUAAACAGAUAGAAACAAUGUCGGACGACUCAAGAAAAUCUACAAUUUUAAGUAAUUCAUAUAAACUUGUAGAUCACAAUAGAGAGAAUAAAAAAGGUAUUACAGCUUCUUCAUUCAAAGAACUUAUUUAUAUAGCACGAACCAGGUUCGAGAUUCCUAUACAUAUGCAAAUGAUGAUAGUGCUGGAACAGGAUGGAACAGAAAUAGAUGAUGAAGAUUACUUUGCAACUUUAGAAAGCAAUACAAUUUUGAUGAUCUUACAAAAUAAUCAAAAAUGGACUCCAGUAAAACUGACAAAAUCUAAACCUCAAUUAAUAGUGGUAGAUGAUACUAUUGAUCAUGGCUUAAGACAUCAACAAGAACAGGAAAAAAGUAAAUAUGAGGCUAUUCAAAUGGACUCAAUUUUAUCUUUUAUUCGUAAUGAUAUUUCAGAUGUAUCUCUUUUGAAUGAAACCGAGCUAGAAAUGUUAAGUGAUAUGAACCCAGACAGCGUAGCUGAUAUAAUUUCUGACAAAUCUUUCCUGGAGCAAUUGAAAGAAGCAUCAAGCAGAUUUCUCGCAAAAAAAAGACAUGCUCAAGAAUCUAUGGCUCUCUUGUGCAUGUAUUCCAUAAAUGCCGAAGUAGAACAAUCAUAGAUGAUUUAAGAAAUUCAACUAGAUCUUAAAUAAUGUGCAUCAAUAUUAAUAGUUAAUAUUAAUCAUGAUUAGAUAUAUUAUGAACACAAAUUUUUUCUAUAAAAAUAGACGAACUAUUAGCUUAUUAAAAAUUAAUGUAAUAUUAUUAAUUAUAAUCGAUGGUGUGAUAAUUGAUACAUUUAAAUUAUCAAAUUAUUAAAUAUCAAACAAUAAAUUAUCAACAGUUGCACUCACAAUUUCAAAAUGCUUUCUAAACAUUGUCAAAAUAAAUUUUCUUUCAGUGAAACUGAAAUUGUCAAUUGGGAAAAUUAUAGUAAAUUAUGUGUACCACGAUGCAUGAUUUAGAAAUGACUGAAAUAUAAGUAGUAAUGCCGUCAAAAUUUCAAGUUAAUCCGAUUAUAAAAAAGGCUACUAUUUAUUAGAUGUGCACAAUGAGAUUAUAUAAAUGAACAAAUUUUUUUUGAUGAAUUUUAUCGGUUUAAGACUAUUUAAAAUUUAGAAAGCAUUUUAAAAUUGUGAGUGCAACUGUUGGUAAUUUAUUGUUUGAUAUUUAAUAAUUUGAUAAUUUGAAUGUAUCAAUUAAUUUUGUAUAAUUUUUAUAAUAAAGUAUUCCUGAAGAGGCCCUGAACAAAAUGGCGAAACGUUGAAUAAUUAGUUUGGAAGUUUUGUAGUUGUGAUUUAUUUUUGGGAUAUUCCUCACACCACUGAUUAUAAUUUCUAAUAUUACACAACAGAGAAAAAUUAAAGAAUAAAAAUUAAUGUAAACAUUCAAAAUUAUUUGACUCUUUCCGAUCAUUUAGACCUACUUGCAAUUAUUCAUUAAAAUAUAUCUAGUCAUUGAUAAGAAAUUGAAUGCUGGAAUCAAAAUAAAAAUUUACCCUGAUCAUUUAAUCUUUAUUGAUUUGAUA